AAUCUGUUACUUACACAUUAGAAUGGAGUUCAGGCUUCGUGCAGCCACGCUUGAAGAUUGUAAGGACAUCAGGCGCAUGAUGUCGGAGCUCGCAGAACAUGAGAAACUUGAAAAAGAUCAUGUCAAAAUUACAGAAAAAGAUCUAGAGCAGGAUGGGUUCUGUGAAAAUCCGUUUUUCCGUGGAAUAAUUGCUGAGGUUCCAGAACAGCACAAGAGUAAAGAUGGUCAUACUAAAAUAGGUUAUUCCAUAUACUUCUACUCUUAUAGCUCAUGGAAGGGCCGGUCUGUGUUCAUGGAGGACUUGUAUGUGAUGCCAGAGUUUAGAGGUAAAGGCAUUGGCAAAGCACUUAUGAGCAAAGUUGCCCAGUUGGCACUGGAUGCAGGGUGCAAACAGAUGAAUUUUACUGUAUCAAACCAGAACAAAAGCGCUCUUGAUUUUUAUCAGAGCCAGGGCAGCCUUGACUUGACCACUUACCUGGGCUACCAUUACAUGUGCACUCAUGGUGAUGCCUUCCAACAGCUGGCAAAGUGAUGACAGUAAAUUGUAGGGUCCAGUCCUUGCAUCACUAGAGUCUGACAGUAAUCUAACGACCGUCCAGCACUAAAAGAAGGAAAGGAACUUAAUUUUAAUAUGAAACCUACAUGUGUAGGGUUGGUCAGUUAAAAUCAUAUAAACACCUGAAAAGCUGCUGUAAGUAAAUAUUGUACAACCCCUUGUUACAUGUUGUUGAUAAUGUGUAAAAUAGUGUUUUAUAGGCUCUAAAUAUGUUAUAAAAUGUAUGGUUGUCAUCGCUCGUAAGUUUUAACAAAUAUAACAGUACAAAAUUAA